AAAUUUUGUCUCUCUUUUUAUUUCCAAAAUGUUGGGAGGCAUGAGGGUGAGUGCUCUCUUCCGCCUGCUCAAUAAUGUAAAACCUAUUGGUAAAGUCUCUUUUCUCAGAGUCUUUGUUACAUGCUUCUGAGUCAUGCACUUGUCACACAAGGGACGUCCCGUGUGGAGCACUGACCAACAGAAAAGGCGUUUAUUCCUCACUGUUGUUUCUUCCUUCGGUUUCAGCCCUGGCCCCUCCCAUUCCAGGAUUUUUGUGAGUGCUGCAGCUGUUCCUACAUUUCUCUCCUACUUCCUGGUUCUCCACUAAGAAAUCAGUGAUUGUUGCCGUGUUGUGCUCAGCGGGGAGGUGAGACUGAUGCAUUUCUGCUUCCACCAUGUUUGUUCUAUACGGGGCUGCCUAUACCCAGUGCAGAAAGGAGGGGCUAAGGUGGGAGCGGCUGCUGUUGCUUCAUGUGUUUAUAGUGUGUCGGCUGCAGUCUGGCAACUCCCAGUGGAGGAAGACGAACUAAGGAGGAAGCUUUGGGAUGACUGUGGCAAUCUUUUCGGACUGCGUGUUCUUCCUGAAAAUAAAUGAUUUAUCUUUUAAAGAGAGGAAAGCUUUAAAAUCCACAAUAACCUCAAAUAAUGGAGUUAUAUCCUUUGUGCUCAAUCAGAAGUGCACUCAUGUUGUGGUGAACACCAUUGCCUUUUUAAGUGCUUCUCAGCUGAAGACUGUCCAGAAGCAUCAGAUUCAAAUUGUGGACAGUCAUUUUAUAUGGAAAUGUCUGGAAGAGAAGUGUCUGAUUCUGGACUACCAAUAUCUGACUGCUGGUGUCACACCAAGUGAGAAGGAACCACAAAGCUGGCAAGCAGAUCCCGAAAAAACUGUCUUCCCCGAAAAUGUCCCGACACUGCAAAACAAGGAUGAAUUAUGGGACAGGGAUUACAGUGAAUUUGAUUCAGAAACCUUCACCGACCCGCCAGAUACUGAAGUAGCAAAAUACAGUUUCUUCCAUAAAGGUUCCAAUGUGGCAUUUUUGGAGUUACUGUGCUUUCCAGAAUCCUCUUCAUUCCUAUUCAAAAUAUCUAAAGUCAUUUGUGAUUCCAACGGAGCCGAGCCUGACAGCUCCUUUCAGUUUGCGAACACAGCUGAGGCGUCUUGUCAAAAGUAUGAAAAGUGCACUGAAGCUUUAGAAAAACAAGGCUUUAAGAGAGUAAAACGUAUUCCACCAAAGGUUGCCCUGCUGACAUCUGAGGCUCUGCAGAAGGUCCUGCUUGAAGAAGCCAUAAAUGCUACCAAGUUGUCUCCAGUUGUUGGAUAUUUUGUGGAAAGUGUUUGGACUGAGGCUCUUGGCCAUUUGGAUAAAAUCCUCUCGCGUCCUGUAAACAGCAUCAGUCUGAAUGAUGUGAGCAAAGCAGAAGGCAUUCUGCUCCAGGUUAGGAAAGCUCUGGACACAGGAACAGAACCUGGGGACAUAAGUAAAGCAAUGGCUGAGUUCUAUCGGCUUAUUCCCCAUAAGAAACCCAUGCUGGUCAACAUUAACAAGAAACUUUUGUCAACAAAACAAGAUUUGUGCCAGCUUAUCAGAGAUAUGGUCAGUGUAUGUGAAACCAACUUAUCAAAGCCAAACCCAAGUAUCCUUGCCAAAUACCAAGCCUUGCGAUGCCAAAUCGAACACGUGGAGUCCGACACUGAGGAGUUUCAUCAGGUGUCACAGCAAAUAAGGGAGAACAAACACUGUGAGGAGUCAAUUAAAAUACUGAAAAUAUUCCGUGUUGGAAAAUUAAGUGAAGCCACGGGGUUUCAAAGGAAUCUUGGGAAUGUCAAGUCACUGCUUCAUGCAUCUUCUCCAAGUCACUUUGUGGGGAUCCUUUCCCGUGGACUGCUCUUGCCAAAAAAUGUUGAAGAUGAUUUGGGUUUAGAGAGAACUGAUAUUGGAAAUCUCGGAAGCGGAAUCUACUUCAGUGAUUCCAUAAGCACAGGUGUUAAAUAUUCAGAACCCAGUGUAACCAAUGGGGCGCGUCUCUUGCUGGUUUGUGACGUGGCUCUGGGUAACUGCAAAGAUCUCUACAAAAGAGACUUCUCACUUACUGAAGCUCCAAAUGGCUUUGAUAGUGUUCAUGGAGUCCGACAAGUGCCUGGAAGGAAAUCUGAUUUUGAGGAUGAUGAAUUUGUGGUGUACAGCAAAGAUCAGGUGAAAAUGAGAUACGUUGUGCAGUUUUGCACUGCUAAAGACCAAGUCAACAUGGAACAUGACAAACUUCCUGUUUGGGUUGAGCCCACGGAGGAAGAUGUUGGAGAAGAACCAGUCCAGGCAGAAGCAGAUCCCAUGUUGGAGAAUCUGCCUGAACCACGGAGCAUAAAAGGCGGCCUCCAGAGUGUUCAAGGCAACCAGAUCCCUUUGGAAAAUAUUCACGUGAAAGGCAGAAUGAUGGAUUUAGUUGUAGAAGUUAUAAUAUUCCAGACCUACAUAAACAAAUCCUCCGUUCCCAUCGAGGCUAAAUAUGUUUUUCCCCUGGACAGCACAGCAGCUGUGUGUGGCUUUGAAGCAUUUAUAAAUGGAAAACACGUUAUAGGAGAGGUUAAAGAGAAGAAGCAAGCACACCAGGAGUACAGGGCUGCUAUCAGAGAGGGACACGGUGCUUACCUAAUGGACCAGGAUGCCGAUGACAUAUUCACAGUAAGUGUCGGAAACCUGCCCCCAAACGCCACAGUAAUCAUUAAAAUCACUUACAUAACGGAGUUGAAUCUGGAAUAUGAAACAGUGGAUUUCAGCAUUCCUGGUACAGUGGCAUCUUGGCAAAAGGAUAAAGCUCUGAAAGAAAAUACUCAGGAUACAGUAGAAAAAAUCUGUGUUGAAGAAAGUGGUGUGUCAAAGGGUUGUUUCUCUCUGGAGAUGUCUGUCGAGAUGUCUUUCAAAAUUCACAGUAUUAUGAGUUACACUCACAAUAUUCUAAUGAAAAAAACCGAUUGCAAAGCUGUGAUUGCAACUGAAAAAGACAGUUCAUUUGACGACGGGGGGUUUCGGUUGAUAAUUUAUCUAGAACCUACCUUCCUGCAGUCUUCAUGGAACCAGCCAAGAAUGUGGGUGGAAAAACAUCCCGAUGAAGACAGUGAGGCAUGCAUGCUUGUGUUCCUGCCUGAUUUUGAGACAAACAUACAAUCCUGGGAUUUGACCAUCUUACUUGAUUGCUCCAAUUCUAUGGAAUCCACUUUCCAAAGUGCAAAACAGAUUGCUCUGCUUGCAGCCAACUUUUUUAAUUCAUGGCUCAGCAUAAACAUAAUCAGCUUUGGAACAAGUUUUAAGGAAUUUUGCGUCUGUCCAAAAGAGAAGAACAACUUAAUACCAGAGCUGGUGCAGUUUAUUAAAAUGGCCAAACCAAAUAUGGGAAACACAGAACUCUGGAAGCCUUUGCAGUCCUUAUGUUUGCUGGCUCCUUCCUCAGGCACAAUGCAAAAUGUUCUUCUUAUAUCUGAUGGACACAUCCAGAAUGAGAACCGUGUCUUUCAGAUCCUUAAAAAGAAUGCAGGGAAAGUGCGUCUGUUCACCUGUGGUGUUGGUGCAACAGCCAAUCGCCAUAUGUUGCGGUGCUUGGCUCAAUAUGGUGCUGGGUUCUUUGAAUUUUUUGAAGAUAAAUCAAAAUCCAACUGGGAAAAAAAGAUGGAGGCACAGCUGGAAAAAAUGAAUUCCCCUGCAUGCACCAGUGCAUCUGUUAAAUGGGUGCAGUUCAGUGAAAAUGAUCCAGAGCCUGUGCAAGCCCCGGCACAUAUACCGGCUUUGUUCAAGAACAGUUGCCUUCUUGUUUAUGGUUUUGCUCCUCGUUGCACUCAGGCCAAGCUACAAGCAUUAAUCGAUGACAAAGAACUGGACACUAUGGCAUCGACUACCGAAUUACAGAAAACCACAGGAACGAUGCUUCAUAAACUGACUGCAAGGGCUGUUAUUAGAGAUUAUGAAGAUGGGUUCCUGCACGAGAAAGAACAUGAACAUGAGAUGAAAAAGCAGCAGACAAAGUCCUUAAUUAUUGAGCUGAGCAAGAAGUACUCAAUUGUCACUCAGUUUACAAGCUUUGUUGCUGUUGAGAAACGGGAUGCACAAGAGAAACCAAAGGACUAUGUACCAAAUGUACUUGAAAUAAUAUCUGCAGAAGUUGUUGAUAUAUUACCAUACAUGACAUGGGAAACAGAGAAGAAUAAAAAGAUAGGUGUGGAUUUCCCUGGGUGGAAAGAAAACUUUUGUGGUUGCUAUGGAGGUCCUGUAUCAGUGGAUGAAAGGGCAUCAUUGGAUGAAGAAGAAGAAUCAUUGCCUUUCAGCUUUGCACCACCUCCACCUCCAGAUGAAGAAGAAGAAUCAUUGAUCUACAACUCUCCAGCUGUAGCUUUCAGCUUUGCACCACCUCCACCUCCACCUCCGUUGUCUGUUGCCAAGACCUUCGACUCUCCAACUCCAGCUGUACCUUUCAGCUUUGCACCACCUCCACCUCCACCUUUCAGCUUUGCACCACCUCCACCUCCACCUCCUUUGGCUCUUGGCAUGCCUUUCAGCUUUGCACCACCUCCACCUCCACCUCCUUUGGCUCUUGGCAUGCCUUUCAGCUUUGCACCACCUCCACCUCCACCUCCGUUGCCUGCUGCCAAGUCACACUCGACAGAUGAAGUGUACAGUUUGGAUGUGGCACUGUUAGGUGCUCAGCAAGUUUCCGUCUGUGCACCUCCACCUCCACCUCCACCUCCAGGUUCCAUCUGUGCACCUCCACCUCCAGGUUUCAUCUGUGCACCUUCACCUCCAGCUUUUGACGAGCUGCUUCAAGUUCUAGAACAGACACAGUUGGCUGUAUCAAUGAUUGAAACUGAACCAGAGAAAGCAGAGCAUGAGGGGGCUGAUUUCGUCAGGCCUGCUAGAAAAAAGAAAAUCUACUAUAACACAGUGGAGGAGCCAAUGGGAAGACUUCAUGGUUCCAGACGGUGUGUUAGAGGGGAAGAGGUAGCAUUGUCUCAAAAAAGAGAAAGAGCCCCGCCGGUUUUCAACGCCCUUUUAGAUCUACAGUGUGAGGGUUCCGUCUGUGCACCUCCACCUAUACGUUUCAUCUCUGUAACACCUCCAGUAGCAUUGUCUCAAAAAAGAGGAAGAGCCCUGCCUGCUUUCAACGCCCUUUUAGAUCUACAGUGUGAGGAGGGAUACUGGCUGCUGAACGAAGAGCUCGGAUGUCUGUUAAACAUGAAUGUCAAUUACUUGAUAGAGGUGUUUUUAUCAAAAAAUGGCAUUCAGUCUCUUGGGAAGAAAGGAAAAGACGAGGUGCUGAAACUCAUUGCUACCCUCCUGGUGCUGCAAACGAUUUGCACUUAUGAGUUGGUGAAUGUAACAUUUAAGAAUCUGAUGAAGCUGGAUGAAUCAUUUUGCACAAGUCCCUUUUACGAGACAAUUGAGAAAUCCAUGAAAUGGGCACGAAAAAGAGACAAACAAUAUCCCGGCAUCUGUUAUCGACUUGGAUUGGGCAAGGAUUGGGAUUCUGCCACCCGGAAGUUAUUAUCCAUUGAUCCAGUGGAUCCCUCCUCCGAUCUUUUCCCUGCUGUUGAGUCAUCUGUAGAAUCUAUUGUUUAAAUAAUGUCUUAUUAUUUUAUAUAAUGGUUUUUUGAGGGGGGCUUUAAAGGGAUUCUGUCAUGAUUUUUUUUAUUUCUAAAUUACAUUGUUUACACUGCAAAUAAUUCA